GGCUCCGCCCACACGCGAUCUGGGCGCUAGAGUGUUGAGAUCUGAUCGGACAAGAUCUGUCAUCGCGAGGGUUUAGGAAGGCUUGUGGAGGCUGGAAAAUGGCUGGAAGACAUUUGCAUUGUGUUAUCUCUCUGUACCUCUGCUCGUGCGCUCUGCUACUGGCUCUAGCGACAGUGUCAGGUGACGGCAGUGGCUUAAUAUGUGCAGAGUGUCCCAACGGAACGUUCGCUGAUCACAGUGAGUUGUGCUGGCCAUAGCUCUACUUGAAGUUCAGCAAUGUUGGUAUCUGUAAGGCCGUGAUAACUUAAUUUGCGUGACACAAAGUUGCCAGCAACUCCAAAUGUGUAAUAUACAGUGUAAAAUUAAAAUAAUAUAGAAAGCAUUUAUAUUGUGUGCAACAUGUUUCAUCACAUUUGAAAUUGCAUCCAACUUUGUCUUCCACAACAAAGUUGGAUCGUAUAUCAUGGCCCUCAUUCACUACACUACUCAAAUGGAGUGUUGUUUUAGUUUUUUCAAAUUUUUUUACAAUGAGAUAUAUAGCAUACAUAGGGAGACAUACAGAAAAACCAAAGGAAAAAAAGGAACAAUAAACGGGGAAAAAAUAAGCAAAACAACAACAAACAAAACAAAGAGAUGUGUAGCUCUCUAAACUGACCUGCAGGUAAGAGCGAUUGUUCUAGUUGUGACCCGGGAUGGUGCACCACUGAGAGUGACUGCACUGACUGCUCUGCCGGUACAUACAGCCACAAUGGCAGCUCCAGCUGUACUGAAUGCAGCAGAGGAACAUUCUCAAAUGAGUCAAAGUCUGCUGGGUGCACUCGCUGUCCUAGAGGUUACUAUGCCGAUGAAGAGGGAAUGACGGAAUGUGAACCCUGUCCUCCGGGACAGUUUGCUGCAUUCGACGGCAGCUCAGUCUGCACAAACUGCUCCCGAGGAUCCUUCACAAACCAUUCAGCCACAGUCAACUGCACGCUGUGCUCCAAAGGCCACUAUACUGAUGGGCCAGGGAGCACCAAAUGUGGGGAGUGCCAAGAAGGAACUUACACAAACACUAAUGGCUCCAUCGUUUGCAAACCUUGCCCUCCCGGAUCCUUCUGCAAUGAGACUAAAUGCAGUCACUGUACAGGCUGUCAGGCUGGUUCUGCUCAGCCUAAACCUGGCAGCACAGACUGCGCCAUUUGUGCAGCCGGGACCUUCUCUGUCGUCAACGCCUCCAACUGCACCACCUGUCCUUCCGGAAGGAUCUGCAAUAUCUCGGAGUGUACAGAGUGCUACACAUGUCCGGCUGGGAUGGAGAGGUUUACUUCCUACAGCUGCCAGAACUGCCCUGCAGGUACCUACCGACCAGUAGACAGUAAUGAUCCUGAUUGUAAGGAGUGUAAGAAAGGCGACUAUCAGGAUGAGAGUGGGCAGACCUCGUGUGUCCAGUGCCCUGCCAACAACUACUGCCCAAACCCAUCCAGUGCCCCGAAGCCAUGUCCAGAGGACGCCAGAUGUAAUUCUGGCUCCACUUCUCCCAAGUUCUGUGGCAGUCUUCUUCACUGGAACGAAGACAAAACUAAUUGUGUACCUGAGACGCAGUUCUAUCUGCUAAUAGGAGGACUGAUUCUAUUUGGUGUGUUGGUGAUAGUUAUAGUCACUUGGUUUGUCUACUGGAACUUGUGUUCAAGGCGAAGAAGGAUUUCAGAAGAUAAAGUGCCACUGGUGUCCAAUCGUAGUAGAAAGUCUGGUAAAGAACCGGUCUAUACCGGUUUAUGAAACCUGUAUUUUGUGUUUUUGUGUGUGUGUGUGUCUGUUUGUGUGUCUUUUUUCCAUUCAUCAAUCUAGAUUCUGCAAUAUUAUUGUGUAAUGAGCUGCCUGUAAUCAUUAUAGUUUUUAACCUCACAUCUUAUGUGUAUCUCAACCAGUC